CAUGCUUGUUAGCUUGUGUUUUGUUAGCAUGUAGCUAGCUGGUACUGACAGUAUGAGCAUGUCCUGCAGCGCGGUUUUUAGACACAGAACUUUAUUUCAGUUUGUAAAUCUGAUUAAAUCCGCGUCUUGUAGAAACGCCGCGCAGGAGAGAAGAAUCACAACCGUCACCUGGAGCCGGUCACACCGAGCCGCUCAGCUGCGGCCUACACAUCUCCGGUGUUUCCCAGCGAAGCCAACGGCACAUGAUGCCUCAUUGUGCCGCUGGCGCUGCUCCAGUCACUCUGGUGUCAUUUCAAAGGUCCCACAGUCUCCCACUUGGGAACCAGUAUCAGAGAGUCAGCUUCCUCAGCCUACCAAGGUAUCUCCAGACCUCGUGGACAAGUUGGAGAGACUCGCUCUUGUAGACUUCGGCAGUCAGGAAGGUGUGGACUGUUUGGAGAAAGCGAUUCGGUUCGCUGAUCAGCUCCAUGUCGUCAAUACUGACGGCGUAGAGCCGAUGGAUUCGGUCCUGGAAGACAGAGCUCUGUAUCUGAGAGAAGACGUGAUUACGGAGGGAAACAAUGCAGAGAAAAUUCUUCAGCUCUCCAAAAACACAGUGGAGGAAUAUUUUGUCGCUCCUCCAGGAAACAUCCCGCUACCGAAGAGAGAAGAGCGAUCCGCCAUGCUGAAACAAUCCGAUUUAUAAACAGUCAGAUGUUGUGGUUAAAUAAUUAAAAAAUUUAUUUAUCUC